AUGGCAAGACAUUUGGUGUCAUUGCUCCAAUGUAGCCGUUACAGUCUUGGAAUCAUGGCAUCUUCCAGAGGGGCAGUUUCUGGGCGUCUAUCUCUUCAGGAGCCAAAUCAAGAGGUUGUGGAAUGUGCUGCAUGUGGAUCAUCAGGUUAUGCUAUUACAGGAGACUUGGCUUUGUUAGAGAAAUUGGUUGCAAAAACCGAUGCUCGAUACAUCAUUGUGGUGGAGAAGCACGCCAUAUUCCAGAGGCUAGUUGAAGACUGUGUUUUUAAUCAGAUACCAAGCAUCCUCAUCACAGGCAAAGGCUACCCAGACAUUGCUACAAGAUUCUUCCUGCACCGUUUGAGCCGUGCUUAUCCAGAGUUGCCUAUUCUUGGCCUUGUUGACUGGAAUCCAGCAGGAGUGGCAGUUUUAUGUACAUUCAAAUAUGGAAGCAUUGGAAUGGGACUGGAGGCAUAUAAAUAUGCUUGCAAUGUUAAAUGGCUAGGAAUUCGAAGAGAUGAUUUGGAACUCAUACCGGAACAAUCUUUCAUUCCUCUCAAACCACGGGACCUUCAAAUAGCGAAAAACUUGUUGUCCUUGGGGAUUUUACAGGAGAAGUAUAGAGAAGAAGUUGAAAUGAUGGUUGAGAGGGGUCAAAGAGCAGAGAUUGAAGCUCUCUAUUUCCAUGGAUUUGAUUUCUUGGGUAAGUACUUGGCAAAGAAAAUUGUUCAAGCAAGCUACAUAUGAUAUAGCAUAUACGAAAGAUCUAGAUCUUUUUAUUUGAUUGCCUUUUAUUAAAGGCUUGUUUUGGGUUGUUAAUUUGCAUAGUUAACCCAUUAGGAUAACUCAAAUUGUCAAAGUAGGUGCUUAAAAUGUUAUAGAUUUAAUUGACUAA